CUCGGGCCCGAGGGAAAGGCGUCAGCACGAAGGAAUCGGGGUCUCUUUCUGGGUGAACCCAACAAUUUGGUGUCAGAAGUGCGAUACUGCCAACCAGCGUUCCAGUUGGAGAAAAAACACAGCCUUUGUUUGCGUUCACGCACAGACGGAAGCAGUAUACUUGGACACGCCUACCACAAGGGCUCUGUGAUCCUGACCUACGCCGAUGAUCUUCUGAUAUCUGCUGAGUCACCAGAAAUCUGCCAAGACGCAUCAUUGCGCCUGCUCCAACAUCUGGCGAAAAAGGGUUUCAAGGUUUCCAGAACCAAGCUCCAGUUCUGCAGGGACACUGUUAAGUAUCUGGGCUUUGAACUUUCACAAGGUUGUCGUAAGCUGUUAGCUGAUCGGGUGCAGACGAUUCUAGACACAAAACGCCCUGCCACUAAGCAUGCACUCAUGUCUUUUUUGGGUCUUAUCAACUAUUGCAGACAAUGGAUCCCUGACUGCUCCUCAUAUGACAAGAUUCUCCGUUCUGCAAUCUCUCAUCAAGAUCCACAGCAACAUCCUUUGACCUGGACUGACACUAUGAUUAAUGCUUAUCACUCCCUCAAAAGUGCUCUCUGCUCCGCCCCAGCUCUGGGUUUACCUGACUACUCAAAGCCCUUUCAUCUCUACGCCUGUGAACAACAAGGUACGGCGUCUGGUGUUUUGGCUCAGGAGCAUGGAGGGGGGAUUCGUCCGUGUGCGUUCUUAUCUAAAACAUUAGACACUGUUGCUCAAGGCUUGCCUGCGUGUCUAAGAGCUGUCGCCGCCUGUGCUAUGAUGGUUUCAGAUGCAGAGAAAUUGGUUUUGUCUCACCCACUGAUCUUGCACUCGUCACAUCAAGUUAAACAGGUAUUGCAAAAUUUACAGACUCAACAUAUGACUGCGCAGCGACGCUCCGGAUAUGAAACCAUUCUCUUUUCUACUGACAAUCUCGAAAUUCGUGCCACAUCCUCUAAUACUGUAGGUCACGCUCUCGCACGCCUUCUUAACUCUCAGGGCGACACCUUAGAGGACACCGAUCAUGAUUGUCUAUCUGAAAUCUUGCAUACUACCAGUAUUAGGCCUGAUCUUUCCACCAGCCCUCUGGAGACGGGGGAAGUAAUCUUUGUUGAUGGCUCUUGUUCUAAACCUUCAGAUGGUGUUUUCCUCUGUGGCUAUUCUGUGUGUUCCCUGCCUGACAUUGUACACGAGGCCUAUGCUCUCCCAUUCUCUUCCGCUCAGGCAGCCGAAUUGUAUGCACUAAUGCAUGCUUGUAUUUUGUCUCAGGGCAAGGACGUCACAAUCUACACAGACUCUCGUUAUGCCUUUGGGGUGGCUCAUGAUUUUGGGAAGAUUUGGCAGUCACGGGGCUUCCAUGCCGCAGAUGGGAAGCCCAUUUCACACUCUACCUUAGUACAAAACCUUAUUGAUUCUUGUCAUCUCCCUAGGUCACUCGCCAUAGUUAAGACUAAAGCGCAUGCCUCGGGAAACACCCCUGAACGCAUGGGUAAUUCUCUUGCUGAUCGUACGGCAAAACUUGCUGCUGCUUCUGGUGUCAUGUCUCCUGGUCUAGACCCUUCAUCGUGUAAUACAUCUUGUCUUGCUAGUAGCCUGAUCCCAGAUUUAGACCUUAUCUCUUUACAGGCUUCAGCUUCUCCAAAUGAUUCUGCCUUUUGGCAGCUACAAGAUGCUUAUGUCACCUCUGAUGGCCUAUGGUACAGCCAAGAUGGCCACCUUUGUCUUCCAUCACAUUGCCUUCCCUUCCUCGUGCAUGAAUUUCAUGGCAUGACACACCAUGCGCGAAGGGGGGUAAAGGGGGACAUGAACAAACUUUUCUGUAUAGCCAAUCUAAACAGUUUGGUGGAUUCAAUUCUCGAGAGAUGCCUCAUCUGCACACAAAACAAUCACUCCAAAGCAGUCGCGAAACACGAGUGUUUACCCAUACCGACAUCUCCAUUCCUAGAAUGGCAAAUCGACUUCACACACAUGCCUCCCUGUGGGCCGUUUAAAUAUCUCCUGGUGAUUGUGGACAAAUUCUCUAAAUGGGUAGAAGCCUUUCCGUGUUCUAGAGAGAAUGCAAAGGUAGUGACUCGUACGCUGGCAAAAGAAAUAAUACCUCGUUAUGGGGUUCCCGGUGCCAUAGACUCAGACAAAGGUACCCCUUUCGCCUCAAAGGUCACACAAGACCUGUGUAAGUAUCUUUCACUAAACUGGCGUUUUCACAUUCCAUACCAUCCUCAAUCUUCUGGUAUCGUAGAAUGUACUAAUCGAACAUUGAAAGACAAACUAACUAAGGCUAUGCAGACCACAGGUUCCAAAAAUUGGGUAGACCUAUUGCCAGCCACAUUGGCUGAAAUUCGCAUGACAUCGAAGCCUAGUCUCGGCGGCUAUUCCCCCUACGAGAUCAUUUUUGGGCGACUGUUCCCUGUCCCCUGGAGAAAAGGGACUCCGGCUCUGGGUACCUCUGAUUUGAAGACACAUAUGGAUGAGUAUUCUGCAGCCCUUAUCGAUAAAUUGCAUGAAAUUUGUACUAAGGUCAAUAGUACGAUAUCAUUUCCACCAUCAGCAAACACACACCCCUUCCAAAUGGGAGACAAGGUGCUGGUGCAAUUUUUUAAACGAUUUGGACAAUUGGGAGAACCUAGAUAUAGUGAGCCUGCAGAAAUAGUCGCCAUUACUCGUACUGCUGUCCUAACUGACCUUUUUCCACAGUGGAUCCAUGCCACCCGACUGAAGAAGGCUCCAUAACGAAGUUGUGUUACAAUAAUCAGUUUGCUAUUAAUGCUUUUUGUGUCCCUAUCCAGUCUCUCUCUCUCUCUCUCUUCCUCUCUCUGUGCUCUAUAUAGAUCUGACCUGUGUGCAAACGCUGACUGAGUUGUGCCUAUUGUGAAUCAGUUACUGCCUGUGAGACGUUGUGAACAAAAGGGGAAGAGAUCUCGCGCCCAGUUUGGAACCACCCGUGAACCGUUUGGAACCGAACCACCUCACUACAACCAUGAUGGUCCACAUCGUGGGUCUCGUGACAUCACUGCUCGGGGCAGGGCUACCCGCCCGAGCCUUCGGGAUCACUUCCUUGCUCGGGGCAGGGUUACCCGCCCAAGCCUUCAUGGCUGCUUCAUCUCUGCUCGGGGCAGGGUUACCCGCCCGAGCCCUCGUGACUAUUCUCUUAUUGCUCGGAGCAGGGUUACCCGCUGGAGCUGGACCUCGAGACAACAUCUUCUGGCAAUUCGCUAACUGGACUGCACGGGCUCACACAAAUGAAAGUUGUUAUGUAUGUCAUUUGAUGCCGUCUUCUACUAUUAUUACACGCCCACCUUUGCCGUUAUGCUCUGAACUUUAUAUUAUGCUUGGGGGCUAAAAGGCCAACCUUUUAAAUUUUGGGGCCCUUUCUGUGAUUACUCUCCUCACCCUUCUGUGGUAGCAAGGUUAAACCAGACUUCUUUAGCACAUGGCACAAAUACCCCCGACAUUAUAUUACAAGAUUCUAUUCUCACUACUCUGAAAGUAGAUAUGCCUUCUAAUUUCACUUUCCCUCACUGUUUUAGAAUGAAUUACUCUCAAAAAAGUAACAUUUAUUUAUUUAUUUACACAUUCCUAAGUCUCAAUGUAAGCAGAUAUAUGAUCAGAAUUCCGCUACCUCUCCAUGUCCUCGCUGGAUCCCGAAUUCAUGUCGAUGUAACCCUCCGCUAACUGAUUGUACACUCAACAGUAUCGGGUAUAUCAAGAAUACAUGUAGGGCUCAUCCUAAUUGUGUUCCACCACACCCUAAUAAUUAUCCUGGUGUUAAAUUAGCAUUAAACUGGUACUGGUACUGCGGUAAUAGUAAUCUCCUUGUUUCAUUUCCCACCAAGUGGUCAGGCAUUUGCGCUCCCAUACAACUCAAAAACGCUAUCACUGCUAUCCAUCCUCUCUCUGCUCAUCGCCCAAAACGAAAUGUCAUUCAUAAUUUUCCACCCCUGGAACAUCAUCUUACUACUAGGUGGCACAGGUUUUGGACAUCAAUGUUUCCUCAUUUUGGUGUAGCUGAUCUAUGGAAGAAUGUAGAAUUAACACAUUAUCGCUUAGCCAGCUUUGUUAAUGAAACCAUUAACGCUGUCGAUGGUAUUAGGACUGAGUUAACCGCCCUGCAUCUAAUGACUACUCAAAAUCAUAUGGCCCUUGAUAUUUUGUUAGCAGAAAAGGGGGGGGUGUUUGUGCUAUGAUCGGAGACAGCUGUUGCACUUUUAUUCCUACUAAUGAUAACCCGGAUGGUGAAAUAGGUGCAGCCGUACAUCAAAUGAGACAGAUUGCUCAACAACUAGAACAUGAUGAACAUGGGGAUACGGCAGGGUGGGUGUGGUUUUCUGGACUGUUUGGUAAUUGGUCUGCUAUUUUUUCUAUGUGUAUCCCUGUAGUGGUGAUUUUUCUUUUAUUUUCCUGGGACCUUGCAUUUUGAGAUGCUUGAUGGACAGAAUGCAUAAGAUGAUAAAUAGUCUUACCCGCAAACCUCUGCAUAGAGAAAACAAUGUAUAUUAUCAUCCUGCUAGGGUGUAACACUAAUCUAAUUAAAAUCUAGUUAAUACUGUGAUUAGUAUUAAAGGGGGGGAUUGUUAGGUCAAAUUUUAUUAUAUGUAGGUUAUGAUCAGAAUGUGAAUCAGAAUCAGUAGGUUAAAUCAGGAUAUAUGUAGAUAUAUGUAAGUUUAGUGAAAUAUUAAUUCUUGGCUUAUUCUGUUGAAACGACCUUAGGUCCGGCUGGACAUUGUUUGGGAACAUUUUGCUUAUGAAUGUGUAUUUUGAACAGAGAAGUGUCUGAAGGUCUGUUUUAGUGUCAGAUCGACUCAUACACACUCUGAAAUGGUAGAAUUAAAGUUCAUGUUUAUGUUAAUCCAUUCAGUUGAACCUUAGGUCAUAGCUUCAUAAAAGCUAUGAAAUAUACUGAAAUAUAUUGAAAUAUACUAUGGUAGUGAUUUGGAUCCCGUAAUUAAUGAAUGCAU